GCCAUGCACCCAUGCACCCGGGGUACAAAUGCUCCCAAAGCCGCACCCCUGCCUUACCAAUCAUUAAUCACCCGGGCCAGCAAGGAGCAAGCGGCAAGAAAGCAGGAAAAGGCCAGGUCUCCACAGCCCCCACGGGAGCAACAGGAAGCAGUGCUGACCAGUUCCCUGUGGUGGCAGCUCACUCUCCGACCACCCUCCCCUGGGAGGCCCCGUGGAGGUGGCCAGUCCUGCAGGCACAGUCCUUUCCUUCAGGAAGGUCACUCGGUCCAGGGAGCGAGAGGCUCUGCCUGUUUCUGGGAGCUGCUGAGCUGCACAUGAGGUGGGGGCUCUGAAGAGGAGUUUCUGCCUGGCUGUACCGCAGUCUUCAUCUCUUCACCAUGCAGCACAAGGUGUUUUGGAGUGCCCUGGAAUACACCUGCCGAUUGCUGGGCAUCUCCACCGCAGCAGUGCUGAUCGGUGUGGGCGUAGAAACUCUGCAGAGAGGACAGUUCAAAAGCCUGGCUUUCUAUCUGCUUUUUUCAGGGGUUGCAGUUACUGUCUGUGAAGGCUUCUUCUUUAUCAGUUUGUUCCUGGAGAUGUGUUUCACUCACAAGCCUGAAUCCCUGGCACAGGCCUGCUGGAAGCGAGCUAGACGCCCAGGGAGCUUCCAGAAAUUCCUGGGGUACACGCUGCUCUCAGUGGCUUGCUUCCUGCAUCCCAUCCUCGUCUGGCAUGUCACCAUUCCUGGGUCCAUGCUGGUGCUCACUGCCCUGGCCUACUUCCUGCUGAGCAAGAGGAGGAAGAGCCCAGGACACAAAGAGAUGCAUCCCCAGGCGGGCCAGUACGUGGACCCUUCAGCCACCAUGGCAGCCCCAACCAUCGUUGGUGACACUGAGCAGAUCUACACCUUCCACGGGGCCCAGAGGGAGCAGCACCACUCACUUCUGGGCCACAUGAAGAGCAUCCUGAAGGGCAGCAAGGACAGGAGCUCAGCCCCAGUAACUCCUGCCCAACCAGCAGCCAUGUCAGUCCCUCGCAAGCAAGUGCACUUCCAGGAGAAGGUGGUGCAGAUCAUCCCCUCUGUCAGCGAGAGCUUGGAGGACAUGGAGAGUGAGGCUGAAGAGACCACAUCAGACACAACACCCAUCCUCACACCACCAGAUGCCCCCAUCAUCGUCGCUCCACUCAGCUCCACAGGGCUCUUUUGAGCCCUCAGCAGGAAUGAGGACAUGACAGACCUGCUACCCCUGGCACUGGCAUUGCUCCCUGAUGCUCCAGCAGCCAAAGGGCUCCAAGAAGUGGCUCUUCUUGCCCUCCCUGCGUCCAGGGUGGCAGCUGUGCCACUCCCCUUUUCAAGGGGCUGCCCACCCUACAUGGUCCCACAUGUUGUGGCAGGGCCAGGGGACAGGCGGUGGUUCAGCCAGGGUAGUGCAAGGACAGAGAGGUUUCUGCUCCCAUGGCCUCUCACAUGGGUCACCCCUCUGUUACAGCACUACAAAUCACUGCAGCUGCUCCUGCCUAACAUCACAGCCAUGGCAUGUGCCUCCCGUCUGGCAGCAGCAGGCAGGAAAAGCAGAGACUGACAUGCCCCAGAGCAGCCUCUGCUGGGGCAGUUGUCUCCCUUUGGUCCUUUGUGCACAUUGGACAGCUCGGGGCUGGGACACGUUUGGCACAGGGCACUGCAGCCUGCAGGUUCCCUCACAGCACCUGCACCAGCUGCAGCAGCCUGGGAUAUCCAAAAUGUCAUUUUGGAGGUGGGCUGAGACCAAGCACACCCCUGCUCAGUACCUCCCCUGAGACACACCCUGAGCCCAGCAGGGAAAUUACCUCUGGCCUUGGGAGCACCUAUGGGGCAGCAGGGAGCACCCUGGGGCUUUCUGGUGUCCCCUGCUUGGACAGACCUCUUGAAUUAGGAGAGCUUUGGGAUGAUGUGUUAGCUCAGGUCCUGAGAUUCAGCUCCACGCUGGCACGGCAGACUGUGUGCCCCUCCCAGUGUGUAAUUAUGGCCCCUAGAGGGCAAAGGCAAUAAUAAAAUUACAUCGCUGUCUCA